UCACCUGCAAGUGGUGCCUCAGGAGGCUGUGGGUCUAUUUCUCCCUCCAUCAUGGGAACAAGGGCCAAACUCCUGGGGAGACACUGUUCCCCUUCCUGAGUAGCUGGUGAUGCGACAACCCCAUGACAGAGAUGGCCAGCCUCCCAGUGACCACACCCUGUGAGUCUGUCUACACUGAGGAUUCCUUGGUCUCUUCCUUCUGCACAACUGGCUUCAGAGAGGAGAAGCCAUGUCCCCCAGCCUCACAGCCCUGUUCUGCCUCGGGCUGAGCGUGGGCCUGAGGACCUCAGUGCAGGCAGAGAUCCUCCCCAAACCCACCCUCUGGGCUGAGUCAGGCCCUGUGAUCCCUCAGUUCAGCCCUGUGACCAUCUGGUGUCAGGGGACCUUGCAGGCCCAGGAAUUUUAUCUGUAUAAAGACAGAAGCCCAACAUCCUGGGAUGGACAGACGUCACCAUAUCCUAGGAAGAAGGUGAAGUUCUCCAUCACAAAGAUGACAGAGCACACUGCAGGGAGAUAUCAAUGUUACUAUGUCAGCUCCACUGGCUGGUCACAGCUCAGUGACCCCCUGGAGCUGGUGGUGACAGGAGUCUAUGACAAACCCAGCCUCUCAGCCCUGCCCAGCCCUGUUGUGACCUCAGGAGGGAAUGUGACCCUCCAGUGUGGCUCUGGACUAGAAUUUCACAGGUUCAUUCUGACUAAGGAAGGAGAAGACAGGAUCUCCAGGACCGUGGACUCACAGCCACAGCUCAGUGGGCCAUACUUGAACCUGUUUCCUGUGGGCCCCGUGACCCCCACCCACACGUGGACAUUCAGAUGCUAUGGAUAUUACUGGAACAGCCCCCAUGUGUGGUCACAGCCCAGUAACCCCCUAGAGCUUCUUGUCCCAGGUGGCUCAGGGAAGCCCUCCCUCCUGACCCAGCAGGGCCCCAUUGUGGCCUCUGGACAGAGCCUGACCCUCCAGUGUCUCUCUGACAUCGGCUAUGACAGAUUCGCUCUGUCCAAGGAGGGCGGACAGGACCUCCGCCAGAGCUCUGUCCUGCAGCCCCAGGAUGGGCUCUCUGAGGCCAACUUCCCCCUGGGCACUGUGAGCAGCUCCCACGGGGGCCGGUACAGGUGCUACGGUAGACACAGACUCUCCUCCCAGUGGUCGGCCCCCAGUGACCCCCUGGACAUCCUGGUGGCAGGAUGGCUCCAUGACAGACCUUCCCUCUCAGUGCAACCAGGACCCAUGGUGGCCACAGGAGAGAAUGUGACCCUGCUGUGUCAGUCAUGGAGCAUGGAUACUUUCUUUCUGACCAAGGAGGGGGCAGUUGAUCCCCCCCUAUAUCUCACAUCACAGUACCGAGCUCAGCAGUACCAGGCAGAGUUCUCCAUGGGUCCUGUGACCUCAGCCCAUGGUGGGACCUACAGGUGCUACAGCUCACUUAGCACCUCCCCCUACCUGCUGUCACAAUCUAGUGCCCCCCUGGAGCUCCUGGUCUCAGGAGUUUCCCCCAAACCCUACAUAUGGGCUGACCCAGGUCCCAUCAUCAGUAAGGGGAGCCCUGUGACCAUCUGGUGCCAGGGGUCUCUGCAGGCGGAUGGCUACCUUCUGUAUAAAGACAGGUACUCUCAGCCCUUGGAUACGAGCAUCCCAAACACCUCCAGCAAGAAGACUGAGUUCCUCAUUCAGUCCAUGAGCUCACAGUACACAGGGCUGUACCAGUGUGCAUACAGCACUGGGGACACACUGUCUGAGAGGAGUGAGCCCCUGCUCCUGGUGAUGACAGGAGUGUACAGCGCACCCUCCCUCUCAGCCCAGCCAGGCCCGGUGGUGAACUCAGGAGGGAACGUGUCCCUCUUGUGCAGCUCACAGUCCACACAGGGCCCUUUCCACCUGCUGAAGGAGGGAGAGGCUGAGCUGCUCCAUAGCAGGAAAUCAGAAUGGAAGUACUAUGCUGGGAGACGGCAGGCUGUCUUCCCUGUGGGCCCCGUGAGAUCCUCCCAUGGGGGGACCUACAGAUGUUAUGGUUCCUCCAGCUUCUACCCCAAUGUGUGGUCACAGCCCAGUGCCCCUCUGCAUCUCCAAGUCACAGGUGUGUACAGGGAGCCUUCCCUCUUGGCCCAGCCAGGACCCAUGGUGCUGCCUGGAGACAGCCUGACCCUCCAGUGUCACUCAGAGCCUGGCUCUGCCAGAUUCGCUCUGACCAAGGACCAACAGCCCACACGCCCCCAGUAUCUCCAGGGGCAGCGCAGCCCCAACUUCUCCCUGGGCCCUGUGAACCUCGCCCAUAGGGGCCGCUACAGGUGCUAUAGCAGACACAACCUCUCCUAUGUGUGGUCCGCCCCCAGCGCCCCCCUGGACAUCCUGAUUGCAGGAAUGUACAGGAAACCCUCCCUCUCAGCACAUCCAGGACCCUUGGUGCCCUGGGGGGCAAACGUGACCUUGCAGUGUCAAUCUGAGGUCAGGGCUGACACCUUCCACCUGCACAGGGAGGGGUCCCUAGAUCCUCCCCAGUGGCUUCGUCUGCAGGACACAGCUGCCCCUUCUCAGGCCAACUUCACCAUCAGCCCUGUGACCUGGGGCUACAAUGGGACCUACAGGUGCUACAGCUCACACAGCUCCUCCCCCUUCCAGUUGUCACAUCCCAGUGACCCCCUGGAGCUCCUGGUCUCAGGUCUCCAAUGGUCCCUGAGCAUCCUGAUUGGGGUCUCGGUGGCCCUCGUCCUGCUGCUCUCCCUCCUCUUCUUCCUCCGACACUGGAGUCAGAACAAAGGCAGGACAUCGACGGGCGCAGCAACAGAACAUGAGGACAGAGGCCCGCAGAAGAGCUCCAGCCCAGCUGCUGACAUCCAGGAAGAGAACUUGUAUGCUGUUGUGAAAGACACACAGCCUGAGGAGGACAGACACCUGGACAGUCAGGCUGAAGCAUCUGAAGAUCCCCAGGAUGUGACCUACGCCCAGCUGAACCACUUGGCCCUCAGACAGGAGACAAGGGCACCCUCUUCCUCCCCGUCAGAGGAGCCCCCAGAUGAGCCCAGUGUGUAUGCUGCUCUGGCUGUCCACUAACCCAGAAAGGAUCCUAACCCCACGCUCCACGGAGGGGGCCUGCAGGGACCCUGGAAAGCACAGGAGCUGCACCCAAGGACACUCAGUAGUGGCCCCUGCCAGCCUGGAGACCUCACUCAGGCCCUCAGCAGCUCUGGGGCCUUUUAGAAGUCUAUUGCUUCUGGAACUCCAUCAUCACAUGGCUGAUCUACAUCCCCUAAGGGACCCCACUGACUGCACGAAUCCCUUGGAACUGCAAGGCCAGAAUUAUACACAUGACAACCUUGGGCUGAGGGCAGGCCUAUAAUUCAGCCAGUGAGCCACAGCUAUCACUGUGAAGCUGGGCACUCAGCUGACCUCAGAGCCCAAAAGUCCCCAGACACAAAGGGACCAACUAUAGGGUACAAAGUGGCUGCAGCCACUGAAGGGGUUGCUCAAUUCCAUACUUCUCGUUUCCUGAUCCAGCCCCUUCCUCCCCUGCCUGAUGCAGCUUCUCAGCAAGGAAAAGGAAGCCUGCUCCCUCCUGACCAUCACUGUCUUCCUUCUCUAAACAUGGGGGGAGGGGUGCCUUUCAUAGGCCACUAACCCAUUCCCCACUUCACAUCGUCAAAACAGAAUUAGGAAUCUGCCCACCACCCACCCUGUAACAAGCUGUGUAAUGAGCCUGUAGAUCUUGUCAAUCACUACCAAUUAAAAUUCACCAGCUGCCCUGACCAGUGUGGCUCAAUUGGUUAGGCAUCACCCCACAAAGCUAAAGGUCACCAGUUAAUUCCUGAUCAUGGCCCAUGCCUCAGUUGAGGGUUCCAUUCUGGUUGAGGUGUUAUUUCUCCCCUUUCCUCCCUUCCUUCCCCUCUAAAACACAAACAAAAAAACACCCAGCAGCCUAUGGUGGAUGGGAUCAGCCCUGUUCCCAGCAGCUCCCUGCCCCCACAGCUCAUCCUGACUUCCCUUGUCAUGGGUUGGGGAAAGGCUGGAGUCGGGCUAUGAUGCUGGCCUCUACUUGCUACUUCCUCUGCCUGAAAAUGAUUGUUCAGCUUUCAGAGCUUUUUUUUUUUUAUUGCAUUUUAUUUGUUCAGAAUGCUCAUCUUUAAAACUUAACUGAAAUUAAAGAUGA